CGCUGGGUGUGGGGCCUCUGUGGUGGUCCUGAUGUGCCCCAUGCCGCAUUGUCUGUAUCCACAGUCAACACAGAGAGCCGCGGCGUGGGGAUCAAGCAGAGUCAGCUCUCUGUGAGCUCCCACAUUGUGCAAGAGGAUGAAUUAUUGAAAGCCGUGAGAAGUAACGAACCAUUGCGUCUAACGUUCACUCUUCACUUGACCGAGAGUACAUCGGUCGAGUGGGAGACCGUAGCAUGGCGCCGUUGUCUAUACAUACGUGUACCAAGCUGCCUUCUGCCCGAAGGAUCAAAGGAGGGCUUUGUCUCUCUUCUAGAGUACGCCGAAGAGACACUGCGCUGCACUAAUAUCAUUGUCUGUCUCCGCAAAGAUAGAUCAGACCGAGCAAUGCUGGUUCGUACCUUCAUGUUCUUGGGUUUCACGGUCCUGCCGCCAACUCAUGCCUUGGUACCGCCAGGCAGUGACGCUGGCAAUCUCUACAUGCUCUAUGCCAUCGAGUAAUCGACAAGCAGCUCGGAUUCUCUCAAAUUUAACGCACAGGUACCACCCUAGAAUAUUGUCUUUAAGCUAAAUUCUCAGGAAUUUAGCAAAAAGGAUCAAAGAAUUCGAGAAACAACCUGUGUCUGGUGUCUUUUCCGUUCUAUUUCUUUUCUUUUAUAUAUUUUGUAUAAGUUUUGCCCUACACCUACCUUUUGUUACCAAUCGAGAAAUUGAAAAGUCGUCUAUUUUGACAAAAAAAAAGUCAAGUGUUAUAAGUUUAACGAUAUUCAAAAACCAAAUCAGACGACUAUAGAAGACACCUUGGCGUUAAAUUUAAGAGGAGUGACAGAAAGAAAAACCAUAGUCGCGAAUAUGUAGAACGCGUAUAAAAGGCUUUCAAUGAGUAUAUCGAUUCAUUCUCUUGAAAAACAAUGUUAAUAACUCUUUUAAGAUCAUAUAAGCUGCUGACAAAGCUUCCCACGUGAAUUUGACGGAAUUUAAAGUCGUGUAUUGACCAUCGCACGCGACUACGUCAAAUUUUAGAGUAAUUUAUUAUCGAUAUAUCUCAAUGUUAAUUGUGGCAGAUUGGGCAUCACCAUAUUAUACUUCGUAAAUAUAAGUACAUUGUCUUAUUAUUUGUAAGUAUUACGACUAUAUAGUCUAGAUUUAAUAUCCGUUGUGCGAGAGUGUGUCGAAAGAAUUACAUUUGUCUCAAAAAUUACACAACAUUCUCUAAAAAGAACUGAUAUACUUGUUUUUAAAUAUUAUCUUUAUAUUCACGAAUAGUUUAAUACAAUAAUUUUUUGUUUGAUAAAACUGAAAAAAUAUUAAGUAAAGAGCAAACCAAAUUUUGUUUACACGUUGUUGGCUUAUAGAGAGUGUUGUAUUUCCAGAUAAAUACUUGAAUUUUCUGAUUUAGUUCAGUGUUUGCUACUGUACUAAAUUUUAUGUGGAUAAAACAACUUAAUUUUUAUAUAGAGAAACAUCACGAUUAGAGUUUCGAUGAUUAGAGCAAAAAACUAACACACACUUCGCACGUGUAAUUUUUUUUGAGAGCUACUCAAGAUUGAAAGGUUUACAGGAUUAUAAAUUUUAUUUAUCGCGUUAUAUAAGUCUUAUUAUCUUAUUAACUCUGUUACAGGUAAGAUCUUAUUCUUAGAUAUAUGAUAAUAUAUAUCUGGUAAUUCCCAAUCAGUUAACAUUGAAGAGAUCUUGCUAAUAAAUGCGUUCUUUAGUGUUGACUUGAUAACAGACAACAUAAAAAAUAUAUAAAAAUACAAAAAAAAAGUGAAAAAUUAUGAGAAAAAUCCAAAAAAAAGUGUUGAAAAAUAUAUAUAGCUUAUUAGGAGUAUAGAGAUAAGUACAGAAUGACGGACUAUUGUAUGUUAACUUUACGCAAAUUAUCAACUCGUCUCAAGUUUUUCAAUCGAUGAAGAAUUCCAUAAGUUUUAUCCCGUCAGUUAGAAUUAUAUAUUCGUACCUCUGACACACACUGCACACACAUAAAAAAGUAAAUAUGUAUGCUACAUUUCUUAUUCAUGAAGACAUAAUAUUGCUAAAUAAACAUUUAAUAAAACCUUU